AUGGAGCCAAACCAAGCCCAGCCAGUCAUGGAAACCCUACCGGAUGCACCGGCUCCAGCUAAGAAGUCGGUUCGGUCGUUCAAGAAAAAAUACGCCAAGCUCAAGGUCAAGUUCGAAUUCGGAACUCGCGAUAAUGAUCACUUGAUCAAAGAGGGGCUGCGCAUCGAGGAUUUGUCUAAUCGCAUCAAGGAACAAAACGAUCAACUGCUCGAGGUUCUUCUCGAGUUCAAUGAAAGUCUUCAUAUUCCACCUGAUGUGCGAUUCGAACUGAGCCUGCCGGACGACCCUCCUUCGCUGCCAAAUCCCGAGCAGGAAAUUGCGCCUUUGGUCAACGAUGCAACACUGGCCAAGACAACAUGGAAGGAAGCCAAGGCUGCUUUGGCCGAGGGCAGGAUCAAUGCGGAUGCUUACCGUAGCGUCGAAGAAAGCAUCAAACGGAACAAAGCAUUUGCCCCAGCCAACCACUACAGCACAUUGUCCAAGUCCCAUCAACUUAAUGCAGACGCCCUCAAGGCUGUAAGCGACUCUACCGACCGCAAGCUCGGUUACUUUGCUCCCGAUCACGAAACUGAGUACUAUUUGGCCUUGGACGCGAAACUCGGAGAUGAGGCAGCUGCCCAGCAGCUUGCGCGCAUUCCAGAUCGUCCCACACUUGCAGAGCGUGAGCGCGACGCCUCCAUUCGGAACACCGCGUCGGUCUACAAUUGGCUACGACGCAACCAACCACAGGCACUGCAGGAUAAUGAGGCCGCCUCCGAAAAGUCCGCCUCGCGUCCUUCUAACCAGCGUGCUUCCAAGCGCGCACCAGCUCAACGCAAAGAUGAGGAUAUCUAUGACGAAGAUGGGAUUGAUGCACCUACUCCCAAGAACAAGCGCAAGCGUGACGAAGACACGGGAUAUCGACCCAAGGGUGGCAGUAGCCGAUCCAAAAAGAAGAAAGAAGAGCCCACUUCGACUCCUAACAAAGCUGCCAAGAAACCCUGA